CCGGCAAGUAGGUCUCUGCGAGGCAAGAGCUGCGGCAUUAUUAAGUUUUGAACAGCAGUGCCGUGUGGACGUACUACUAUAACCCGUCUCUGAAACCCCGGAAGAGAGGUCGGGAGCAGCGGAGAUGAAGGUGUGGGGCACGUGCUGUCUGGCGCUCCUCCUCCUCCUCCCCCUGGUGGCGGGCAGCGAGGGGCAGGAGCAGGGCGAUGAGGCCAAGACACAGACUGCGGCCGACUCCUCCGGCCAACUCAACCCUAAUGUGGCUCAGAACCGAAUGGCGGAAGCCCUUCCCGACGAUGACGACGACCACCAGUUUCAAGGCAAAGUGAUGGAGGACCAGAUAGCGGUGGAGUCUGUGGACCGCCACGUGGCCGUCGGGAACCCGUACCCCAUGGCCAUCCCCGUGCCCAUCAACGUGCCUGUGUACCCCGGCAAGCUGGUGCUGCCCAGCCGUCCCGGCAGGCCCUUCGCUAAACCCAAGGAAGGCUCCGGCCAGGGGCCACACCAGCCCCAGGGCCCUGCCAAGCGACAACGCUUCCGACAGGUUCCUCCGCCGCCGCCGCCCCCGCCGCAGUUCAAGGCGAGGCAGCCGGUAGUCCCCGGCCUCAAAGUGCCCGGCCAACGCAAGCCCUUGCUCCGCCCUCCCCCACCCGGCGCCGGCUACUCUGGUCCCCCUCCUCCUCUUCGGCUUAAGCAUGACAAUGCAGGCCGCCCACACUCUCCUCUUCUUUCUAAUCCGCCUAACCAGGAGUACACUGGCCCACCUCCACCCCGGCCGCAAUCAUCUCCCGCCGCCUCCUCCUACGGCUCCCCAAAACCUGGUGAUGUGUUCUCUGUCGGAGGCGCUGCAGGCAAGAACCAUGGCGGAGGUGCCGUCAAGGGACAAGUCUUCGGGGGCACAGCCGCUCCUGCCCCCCUCCAGGGCGCCCAUUCCACAAACUUCGGGACACACGUUCUCCCGCCUCCUCCACAAUCCCUCUACAACGGCCCGCCGCCGCCGCCCCCCUCCGGAGGCCACGGCCUUGGCUUCAGCUCUCCCGACGCCGACCUGUCUGGCUCAGCCAACGCCUACGUGCCGCCCGAGGCCCUGGGGCCCGCUGACCCCUGGCCUGCCGCCGCCCCAGAUAUGCCCAUUAUCACUUCCCUCGAUGUCAAAUGCGAGAAGAAUCUGAUGAAGGUGAGCAUCACCUUUGACAAGCCUUUCUACGGCAUUAUCUUCAGCAAGGGUCACUAUAGCAACGUGAACUGCGUCCACCUGCCGGCGGGGCUGGGCCGCUCACAGGCAACCUUCGACAUCUCGAUCAAUGCGUGCGGCACCACUGGAAACACGGAGAAUGGCCUCUACGGCUAUGGCAGCCAGAGCGGCUCGGGCACCUAUUUCGAGAACACCAUCGUCGUGCAAUACGACCCUCAGGUGCAGGAGGUAUGGGAUCAGGCACGCAAGUUGCGGUGCACGUGGCACGACCAGUACGAGAAGUCUGUCACGUUCCGGCCGUUCCCCGUGGACAUGCUGGACGUGGUGCGCGCUGACUUCGCCGGGGACAACGUGGGCUGCUGGAUGCAGAUCCAGGUAGGCAAGGGCCCGUGGGCCUCAGAGGUGUCUGGCCUGGUUAAAAUCGGCCAGACGAUGACCAUGGUGCUGGCCAUUAAGGACGACGAUAACAAGUUCGACAUGCUGGUCCGCAACUGCAUGGCUCAUGACGGCAAGCGGGCGCCCAUCCAGCUGGUGGACCAGCGCGGCUGCGUCACGCGUCCCAAGCUCAUGUCCAAGUUCACCAAGAUAAAGAACUUCGGAUCAUCGGCGUCUGUUCUCUCCUACGCUCACUUCCAGGCCUUCAAGUUCCCAGAUUCGAUGGAGGUUCACUUCCAGUGCACCAUCCAGAUCUGCCGCUACCAGUGCCCCGAGCAGUGCAGCGGUAACAGCGGCAUCAUCCCCGGCGACAGCUACGAGGCGCCCGUGUCAGCGGGCCGAGCCAAGCGUGAGGUUGAUAACGAGGAAAAGGUUGAAGAGAAGAAAGAAGGCACUGAGGAAGAAGAGCAAGAAACACCAGCAGACAAACAGAAGGAUAUCGGAGUGAACCGCGUGAUUCAGGUGGUGUCCAUCCGCGACCUGGCGUUCGUGCAGGACAAGAAGGGCGGCACCGAGGCGGAGCUCCGGGAGUCCGAGACGGCGACGCUGGUGGCUCCGCAGGUGGAGGACCAGACGGGUCUCAUCUGCAUGUCGACGCCAGGCUUCGCCGCCACCCUCAUCGUGCUGCUGGCAAUACUCAUCGUGUCCUGCCUCAUGUCGGCCUUCCUGUGCCUGCGGUUCAGGGCUCACGGCGACACGCGGUCCAUCAUCUCCUCGACGUACGACAACCCGGCCUUCAUGCACAAGAAGGGGCUCUUCUAGACACUCCACCACCCCCACCAGACGAGCCAAGGCGCGCGACGCGAGGCUAAGCAGCUGCACGCGUCACGGGCCUGCGAGGCACCGCACGCAGGGCGUCUCGUGGCGCCGCAGUGACGCGCGACAGUCGUGCAGCUGCAUCCCGCUACCCCCUCUCCCCCCGUCACAAGCCACAGCGCGCACGGUGAGUCGCGGCCGGGCAUUCAGGCGCCACAGUCACUGCAGGAGGCGGCUGCGGGCAUGGAUGGUGCCUCCCCUUGGGUCAUCUGGCCGGCGGCCCCGCCAGUGAGUCACGUCGUCGGGUCGUCCAGCUGUGCAUCAGUAGCAUCCGUCCCUCAUGUGUGUGUGUGU